AUGGCACCCAGUUUUGACUGUGUUUCGAGCCUCCUUUGUACAGAGGAUAGCAGUGUUUUCGACGAUAGCCAUUAUGGGGGUACGGUGGAGGGGUACGAGGACACGUGGCGUCCUAGGUACCAUGAAAGGAGCCAACACUUUGUUGACGCAGACGGGUUGCCAUUGCAGAGUGAUGAGUGCUUGGCGUUAAUGGUGGAAAAGGAAUGCCAACACUGUCCUCGUUCUAAUUACUUGAAUAAGCUACGAAGUGGGGAUUUGGACUUCGGGGCCAGAAUGGAGGCCAUUGAUUGGAUUCAAAAGGUCCGAGCGCAUUUUGGUUUUGGUCCUCUCUGUGCAUACCUAUCUAUAAAUUACUUGGAUCGAUUCCUUUCUGCUUAUGAAUUACCAAAGGGAAGAGCUUGGACAAUGCAAUUGUUGGCUGUGGCUUGCUUGUCUCUGGCAGCCAAAGUGGAAGAGACUGAAGUUCCGCUAUCUCUUGAUUUGCAGGUGGGUGAAUCAAAGUUUGUAUUUGAAGCUAAAACUAUACAGAGAAUGGAGCUUCUAGUUCUAAGCACACUAAAGUGGAGAAUGCAGGCAAUUACUCCUUUCUCUUUCCUAGAUUAUUUCCUUUGCAAGAUCAACGGUGAUCAAAGCCCAUUAAGAUCUUCAAUUAUGCGAUCCAUCCAACUUAUAUCAAGCACUGUUAGAGGGAUUGACUUCUUGGAAUUCAAACCAUCAGAAAUUGCCGCAGCAGUGGCUGUGUAUGUGAUGGGAGAAGAAACCCAAACAGUUGACACUGGGAAAACAAUUUCUGUUCUGAUUCAACACGUAGAAAAGGAGAGAUUAUUGAAAUGUGUUAAAAUGAUCCACGAGCUGUCAUCCAACAGUGCCUCUGCCAAGGAUUCCAGUGCUUCCGUCACUUGUGUGCCACAUAGCCCAAUAGGGGUGUUAGAAGCAUUAUGUUUCAGCUACAAAAGUGAUGACACAAAUGCUAGUUCAUGUGCAAACUCUUCACAUAAUAGCCCUGAUGCCAAAAGGAGGAAGCUAAACAAAACCUGUGCAGCAGAGCUAUUAUAG